UCCACCCAGAAUUGAGCUAGUGUAACUAGGAGGUGAUUCUCCUGCUCCCUCCUGCUGCUGUUCUGUAGGGGCUGCAGGGAUCUCCUCUCUGCCCAGAUUUGAGGCAGGGCUUGAGGCAAGGAGGAGAUUAUUUGAUCGAGGGAGGGGAAUUUUUUGAAGGGGCUUAGCUAUAUCUAUAGUAUUUUGCGAGGGGGGAGAGAGUGUUUGGUUACUGACCAUGGGGAAGGACCAGGAACUGCUGGAAGCUGCUCGCACUGGGAAUGUGGCUCUCGUGGAAAAACUCCUGUCGGGGAGGAAAGGAGGGAUCCUGGGCAGUGGAUCUGGAGCUAUUCCCCUAUCCAGCUUACUGAGCAUCUGGCGAGGCCCAAAUAUAAACUGCACAGACAGUUCGGGUUACACUGCUUUACACCAUGCAGCUUUAAAUGGACACAAGGAUAUAGUUCUCAAAUUACUUCAGUAUGAAGCAUCAACUAAUGUGGCAGAUAACAAAGGUUAUUUUCCUAUACACUUGGCUGCUUGGAAAGGAGAUGUAGAUAUUGUGAAGAUUCUCAUCCAUCAUGGGCCAUCACACUCCAGAGUGAAUGAACAGAACAAUGAAAAUGAAACGGCUUUGCACUGUGCAGCUCAAUAUGGACAUUCAGAAGUAGUUGCUGUUUUACUGGAAGAACUAACAGACCCUACAAUAAGAAACAAUAAAUUAGAAACUCCUUUGGAUCUGGCAGCACUAUAUGGGCGUCUGCAGGUAGUGAAGAUGAUCAUCAGUGCAUAUCCAAACCUGAUGAGCUGCAAUACUAGGAAACACACACCUUUGCAUCUUGCUGCACGUAAUGGCCACAAAGCUGUUGUACAGGUGCUACUAGAGGCUGGAAUGGAUGUCAGCUGCCAAACAGAAAAGGGGAGUGCACUUCAUGAAGCAGCCUUAUUUGGAAAGGUGGAUGUAGUACGCAUUUUGCUAGAAACAGGAAUUGAUGCCAACAUAAAGGACAGUUUAGGUAGAACUGUUUUAGAUAUCCUUAAAGAACAUCCAUCUCAGCAGUCACUACAAAUUGCUACGCUACUUCAAGAGUACAUAAAAACAGGAAAUGCAACCAUUUUGGAGGAACCUGCACAGGAAUGCCUAGUGCCAGAACAUCAGUCUUGCAUUUUAUCCCCAGAAGUUUCUCCAUCUCAAACGACUAAACGUGAAGCUGUGACUGGAGAGUUAUCAAAGCUCUUAGAUGAAAUCAAACUGUGCCAAGAAAAAGAAUAUUCUUUUGAAGAUCUGUGUCAUACAAUAUCCGACCACUAUCUGGACAAUUUUAGUAAGAUAUCAGAAGAAGAAUUUAUGAGCAAUGGAAUCCAAACUAAACUUAUAAGGCCUUCAUCAGCAAACCUCUCACCAGGGGAGGAGGAAGAGGAAGAUGUCCGGGAAAACAGUUGUGGUCCUGCAGGUUUAUGGGAGGCACUGACACCCUGCAAUGGAUGUAGGAACCUUGGAUUCCCCAUUCUUGCACAGGAGUCUUACCGAAAGAAAAGGAGCUAUACACUGGAAGUAGUACCUUCUGGUUCUCUUGAUGCUCAUCCUUCAGAAAAUGAAAACAACCUUUGUGAUUUCAUGGACAUAGCAGUUACGAAGAAACCUUGUUCAUUAGAAAUAGCAAGAGUACCUUCUGCAAGAAAAGCAGUACAGCUUCAACAGGAGAGCUGGAGGGAGCCCCACACCCCAGAUAAUGCACCUCAGGUAGCAAUUACUGCACCAGGAACUGGUAACCAUAGAAACAGCUCCACAGGCCCAACACCUGACUGCUCUCCUCCAUCACCAGACACUGCACUUAAAAAUAUAGUAAAAGUUAUACGCCCUCAGCCCAAACAGAGAACAUCAAUAGUAUCUUCUCUGGAACUUCACCGACUAAAUCACAGCCACGAUUAUUUUGAAAUCAACUCAUCCAUUGGAUAUGCAAGCUUUACUUCCAGUCCUUCAGUCAGUCCAGCUAAUUUUUCCAUUGGAUCAAUUGAAGAGAAUGAACUUUUAGAGAAUCUUUGUCAGCAAGAAACAUCCACUGAAAACAAGCUUCCCAAAGGAUACCCCGCUGAGCAAUUUGCUGGUCUACUUCAUGGGUCGUCACCUGCAUGUGACCCACCUGAAAAUCCACUUCAACUAUAUAGUAAAGCAAACCAUUGCAGCGAUCUACUGGAAAGCAGUUUAAACAAGAACACAGUACAACAGCAGGAAAACAGCCCUGAUCCUCCAGCUAAGAAAAAAAAACCACAAGUUGUAAACAGAACCAUAUUUCAUACUAAAAUUAAUCCAUUAGAAAAUCACACAUUGGUUGGCACAAAAACAAGAAUAGGCGAGCAAUGGGUUAUUACUACUGGGGGAUUUGUGGAGCGAGCGUGCACACUUGGGAGGAUUCGAUCUUUGCCAAAGACGUUGCUUGAAAUGCAUUUAUCCAAAAAUGUUUCAAAGUCUGACUCUAAUCUCAUCUCCUAUCCACCUAAUGGGAAAAAAGCAGGAAGCAGCUGGAGUGAACCCACGCCAAGCCAACAAAAUUCUAAAGGAAAUUCUGAAAGAACACCAUCCUUCACUUCAGAAUGGGAAGAAAUUGAUAAAAUAAUGAGUUCCAUAGAUGCUGGAAUUAACACUGGGCUAGAGGAGAUGAAUGAUGAUACUGCAGGACCCAGAUGCCCUGUCCAGACAGUGGGACAAUGGUUGGAAAAUAUUGGGCUACCUCAGUAUGAGAACCACUUGCUGGCUAAUGGAUUUGACAAUGUGCAAUUUAUGGGAAGCAAUGUAAUGGAAGAUCAGGAUCUGUUGGAAAUAGGAAUUCUUAACUCUGGACACAGGCAAAGAAUUCUACAGGCAAUCCAGCUCCUUCCAAAGAUGAAGCAGAUUGGUAAUGAUGGCUACAACCCCACCUCUGUGGCAGAGUGGCUGGACUCCAUUGAACUGGGUGACUAUACCAAAUCCUUUCUGAUUAAUGGCUAUACAUCGAUGGACCUUGUGAAAAAAAUCUGGGAGAGCGAAUUAAUUAAUGUUUUAAAAAUCAGCUUGGUUGGCCACAGGAAACGUAUUUUGGCAUCUCUGGGAGACAGGCUUCACGAAGACCCUCCUCAGAAACCACCAAGGUCAAUAACCCUCAGGGAACCCAGCGGUAACCAUACUCCUCCUCAGUUGUCUCCCUCACUUAGCCAAAGCACUUACACUACCGGUGGCUCCCUAGACGUUCCUCACAUUAUCAUGCAGGGGGAUGCAAGGAGAAGAAGAAAUGAAAACUAUUUUGAAGAUAUUCCCCGGUCAAAACUGGAGAGGCAGAUGGCACAGCAGUCUUCUGUCUGUGAGAUAUGGACCAACCAGAAUGCAGGAUUUCCUUUCUCAUCGAUGCAUCAGGUUCAUAAUACAGGAGACUGGGGAGAACCUUCAAUUACCUUACGACCACCUAACGAAGCGACAGCAUCAACUCCAGUACAGUACUGGCAACAUCACCCAGAGAAACUCAUCUUCCAGUCAUGUGAUUAUAAAGCAUUUUAUUUAGGUUCUAUGCUGGUAAAAGAGCUUAGAGGCACAGAAUCAACACAGGAUGCCUGUGCAAAAAUGAGGAAGUCUACAGAGCAAAUGAAGAAAGUCCCUACUAUUGUUCUAUCAGUCUCUUACAAGGGAGUCAAAUUUAUUGAUGCAACAAAUAAGAAUAUUAUUGCUGAACAUGAAAUCCGCAACAUUUCCUGUGCUGCACAAGACCCUGAAGACCUCUCAACGUUUGCAUACAUCACUAAAGACUUGAAGACUAAUCACCACUACUGCCAUGUAUUUACUGCAUUUGAUGUGAAUUUAGCCUAUGAAAUAAUUCUAACACUUGGACAGGCAUUCGAGGUAGCCUACCAGCUCGCACUACAAGCACGAAAAGGAGGCCAUUCUUCAACCCUCCCAGAAAGCUUUGAAAAUAAACCCACCAAACCAAUUCCAAAACCACGUGUUAGUAUUCGAAAGUCUGUGAUAGAUCCAUCUGAACAAAAGACUCUUGCCAAUCUACCAUGGAUUGUAGAACCUGGACAAGAAGCCAAAAGAGGAAUUAAUACCAAGUAUGAAACUACAAUUUUCUGAUACAAAACAGUCCUCUGGUUCUUGUUGUGCCUUGCACUCCAAGUAGUCACAGCACAGCCUUUCCUUUACGGCAACAUUUCAAUCCAGUAGAGAGGAAGACUGCACUGUAAGAGUGGCCUUGUAACUAACUAAAAAAGGCUGGUAAUUAUUUCUUCCUGCAGCACUGACAGGAGAAUGACACUAUGUGAAGACUUUUAAAUUACAGUCUGCAAGGAGAGUGAGGAAAUAUUUUUCAAGCAGUCCUCUUGUAACUCCGCCACAGUGCUUUCUUUGAUUUCUUAUUUUAGGAUUCUACUUUUUAAAAAGUUCUCUAAACUAACAUUAAUGCUGCCUAUGAGUAUGGCAUUUGGUUGGUUAUUUAAAUCCUGGCCGGUUUUAAUUGAAAUAGAAUUAUUAAAUACAAUAUUUGUGAAACCCCUGAACUCCUAAGAAUUAAUUACUCUUUAUUGUAUUAAAAUAAUAAUAAAAUAACAAGAAAUUAGUUACCCCAAUUUCUGUAUGUGCUGGUUUUAUAUGUAAUCAUUAGUGUCCUUUGAUCCUCUUAAAAAAAUAACCUAUCACAGUGUGACAAAGGAUGAGAAUUUUAUGAUUAGUUAAAAAGAGGAAUGAAUAAUGCACAGAAAAUGUGUCUUGUAUUAGAUAUUUUUAUGGAAAAGAAUGCUAUGGGAGAACAUAGAAAUAUUUAUGGGAGAUGAAGUCAGAUUAACUAUGAAAGAUUUUGUUUAUUUUAAAGUUGACUAAACAAUUGCUACUGUACCUUUAGCAAAAUAUCAAUGGUGGAUGCACUAGUUGGUUCAUCUGAUGGGAGCAGAAUCGAAGCAGACUAGUCAUUGUCUACAACAAUUUACACAGUUUAUUGUUGCUUUAGUCAUGAAUUCUACUAGUAUUUUUUAAAAUCUUAACAGCGGUUCUAGAGAACAUAAUCAAAACUACAGAUUUUGCUAUCAAGGUUUCUGUCAAAGAAAGCUUGUUUGAGAGAAGAAGUUCUACUGCAGACAUUUUUCUAAAUAAAAAAAAGAAAGAGAAAAAAAUUCCAAAGUAAUAAAACUGUUUUCAUGAAACAAAAAUGGUUAAGCAUUUGCUUGAUGAAAUGAAAUUUACUUACAUUUUCUUUCAAGUGUUUUAAUUUUUUUAAUGUCUGUGGAGUAUUUGUAUAAUACCAUAAUGUAUAUUUAUGUAGAACUGAAUUAUAACGGUGCAAAUAUCAUUAUAGGAGAAAAAUGACAUUUUAAUGUAUAUCGUUCUAUCCAGUCAAAUUGUGAAUCAUUUUGAAGUUCAUUAUAGAGAUAUUGAUAAAUUGUGUGGUUGUCUUAAUGUUUUUUUAUUAUUAUUAUUUCAUAUCUAUCUGAGCUUUUCAAUUACAAUCAUCAAUUGGUGAAUUCCAAAAAUGGAUAACUGGACUUGGUUUAAAAUUGAUAAUUGUAUAUGGUUUAAUUAAGCCUAUAGCUCUGAGUAAUGAAAACCUUUUAAUACAGUAUUCAAUUUACUUGAACAAAUAGUUCCUUGUAUAUAUUUUGCUUAUUCACUGUUGAUAUGUAUGUAGUAAAUUGACAGUAAAAAUAACUGAAAAAUAUGGUACCAAAAGGAAAAUUGUAUAGGAACGAAGUAAAUAAGAGCCUCACUGCAACAAAUAUAUGUAAAUAUGCUUGGGCUUCCAGUUAUAAAUUUUGUAAUUUUGUCAUUUUAUUUAUAUCCUAUAAAAGCACACAAAAUAAAAUGAAGUUGUACAGUCA